AAAUCCUGCAAAAAAACAAAAAGAUAUUCUUCUUACCAAAAAAUUUUUGAUUUGAUGUAAUUUGAAAAAAAAAUCUAUUAAAAAUAUAUAAAAUAUACACCAUUUUUAUCGAAAAAAAAGCAUGUAUAUACCUUGUAAAAUCAUUGACCAAAAUUCAUGACAUUUCACUAUAUAAAUAAGUGUUUUUAGUCACUUGCCACGGCUUUUUGAAAGAUCCGGACCGUCUUCUUUACUCUAUCCGGGCUUAAAAUGUACCUUAAACAUGUCCCCUUGGACCGAUCGAGAGACAUUUCUAAAAAAUAUGAAUUAAAUAUAGUUAACAACAAAUUUUGUUAUCUAAAAAAAUAUCAAUUAAACAUUGCUAGUAACAAAAUUUGUUGCUAGCAGUAUUUGAUUUAUAUUUUUUAGCAAUGUCUCUCGAUCGGUCCGAGGGGACAUGUUUAACCCAGGCUUGACCCCUUAACGGCCUUAUAUACUGACCAUCAUAGAUUCUUUGUGCUUGCGAGUGAGAAAUACCGGACGACCCCUGGCAGCGUGUCGGCAACAGUCACUUUGUUCGCCUUAUACAUGUCUAUUUUGGAUAGAAAUAAAAAACCGAUAACUGAUGAACCGAAGUAAUGUUUCCCAAGGUAUUUUGUCUGCCCUUUAAAUGAAGUGAUGCGCUAUGUGGUCACAAUCACAUGACCGAUGACAAAAUCCAGAUAGUGCGCAAUCAUAAAAUGUCAGUUGAAUUCCAAUUUUAACCAAUUCCGAUUAUAACCGUUUAUUACCGACCCUAACACUAAUUUUUUAAACACGACAACAUUUGUACCACUAUAAGAACCGAUUAAUCACGAUCUCACACUAUUGUUUCAAUACUGAUUGGGACCGAUUACGAUUACAACCUUUUAUUACCAACUUUGACUCUAACCCUUCAAACACGAUUACAUUUUCACUACUAUAACAACCGAAUAAUCUCGAUCACACAGUAUUGGUUAAAUAUUGAUUAGGGACCGAUUCCGAUUACAACCUAUGAUUACCGUACGAGGUUCAAAUAACAAAAAAAAAAAAAAAACGUUCAAAACCGAUUUUUCAAAUUAAAAGAAAUCUGAGUUUUUGUAUUCGGACCGACUUCCAAUUAAAGCCGAUUAAAACCAAUUAACUAGUAAUCGUACUGCUCGAUUAACUCAAUUAAAACCGAUUAAAAGCGAUUUAAAUGGAAUCGGCAUUAGUCGGGUCUAAUUGGUCAUUUUUAGCAGGGAGUAGCUAGAAACGGUAGCUAACGUAAGCUAGAAAUGGUAGUUAUAAACCAGUCUUUUUGGCAGCUUUAAUAAUCCGUUCAGAUAUUUAAAGUAAACCCUCUAACGGUUAAAUAUCGACCGAAAAUUUAAACAUAAUUUUUAACGUCCUGCAUAUUUCUAGCUGGAAACCUGUUAAUAUUUCUACCAGAGUAAUUUUUGGCAAAUAUAUGAAUCAUAAAUUAGUGAUUUUCAUACGCAACAUCAACAGAAAUUGAGAUUAGCUCGUUUGUCGCGAGAGGAUAGAUUCCCUGCUGAAAAUGUCCAAACGAAACCAAUUUAUACCAACUUAGCAUUGAUUGAUUUUAUUCCGGUUUUCAAAUCUGGUAUUAACGGGAGCUUCACUUACCUCGCAUUUGUCAGCAGAGCCUUCGGGAUUGUAGACCCGAGGGAGUAGCACCAGCAAAUAACGCUGCUCCCUCAGCUUCACCGUGGAAAAGAGUCUAAAGUUACAUUUUCGGUGACGCAUCAGUUAUCGCGUACGACACGCUAAGAAAACCCCGUUACAGCAUCAAAUAACGAUUCCGAUCACUUUUUUAUUAGCAGCUUAUGAAUAUUAGUAAUUCUUUAGUUAAGGGGGAACACCACCUUUGAAAUUAAAAUCAAAAUUUUUCAUUAAAAAUUUCUAAAUACUUAUAUAAAUAAACCAAAUUUCUUUUACUAUUCUUAGAAAUAAUUAUUUUUAUUUUGAUGGUUUUAGACCUUCUAUAUACCUCUAUAAUACCUACGUAUAGUAGGGAGUCCAUAAUUCACUGACCGUAAGAUUCCAAAGGAACGAAUAGCCCAAAUGAGCUCAAACUCCAGGAUAUUGUUUAAAAGUACAUUAGUUAUGGUAUGAAUGAGGGGAUCCUCUCUUAAAAAAGACAUGACCGGAUGUUGUGAAGCCGCUUAAGCGAGAAUGUAAUUGGUCCGUUGAUUUUAGAUUUGAAACUGUGAACCGAAAUUAAUAAAAUUGAAAAUUUUAAAAGGAUUUGUGUGUGUGUGUGUGUAUUCCAAAUUUUAAAUAGUGCUUUUAAUGAUAAUUAGUUUAUUGUUUUAGUUUGUGGGUUUUUAAUUAAUUUUAUAAUUAACGAGCACUUCCGGUGAGAAUUCAGUAUUUCAUCGUUUCGUCCGCCGUAUCAGUGUCAGCGCCUCUAUAGGCUUGACUUAGGUCAGGUUAGGCCAAGUUCGAGCCGCGAGCGGACAGAAGCACGUUUUUAUCGUUUUUAUAUAUCGAUCCCGCAAUCUGGCUGCAUCGCUGCAAUUACUUUAAGGUAAGUAUUCUGAAUAUACUUAAGAAAAACUUAAAUUGUGUUAUCUUUAUUAUUUCGGUAAGCGUUUCUUAAUAUUUUCGUGAUUUUUACUUCUUUUUAUCCUCUCUUAAAAAAUAGGGACGAGCACGUGUUUUGAAGAGGUUAUGCAAAAUGGGUGCUGUAGUUAUCCCCGAUGAUGUGGAACCGAAUCCGUUUUCUCAAGAUGAAGAUUUCGAUGAGUUUGUCGACAAGGACCUCACGUUGUAAGUUUUUUUUUUAAUGUUUAUACUUUUAAUUUUAACAAAAAUUUGAAUUCCUUACUUAUGAUUAUUUUAUGGUUUAAUUUGGAAAAUAUAUAUUAUAAUAAAUAAUUCACUUUUUCAGGGAAAUUGUUGGAUAUGUAUGCUUCGUUAAUGAGCCAAUACAGGUUGGCAUCCCCGUGCCCGUAACGGAGGUUCUAAGAAGGUGCAGAUCUUAAUAUGGGGAUUAAAGUUGAUCAAUUUACACAAUGACCUUGUUCUAAUUAACAGGAUUAUCCAUAUUGAUGGUGGACUCUGUAAACAAACUAGACUUAGGCAUGGUAUGGAAAACCAAGGAUACGUUCCCUUUGAAGUCGUCAUUCAAGCUAGCAUUGUGGUACGGUAUUUAAGGACACAUGUUCCAGCUAUCGCUGCACCAGCAGAACUAGAACUGACUGUUGUGACAUUCGAGACCAUCGACCAAAAAGAAGGAACAAUAUCUAUUGAAGGAUAUGUGAAAACAAAAUUCACUUCAGUUGCCAGUCGUUUCGAAAAUUCCAGCUAUGGGUGUGGAUCCAUAACUGAUGGAGUGCGUAAAAUAACCAUCAACAUACGUAACUUCGUACCAGCUGAAUUGGAAAAAGGAGAUGUUGUCACUGUGUUGGGACUAUUGAUCCAAACAAUGUUCCAUUGACCAUAAAUUGUACAAAUAUGACUGCAAUAACAAGAAGACAGAACAUAGAUCCUAUGUCUGAAGCUGAUUUGAUGCGUGGAGUUCGAGCCAUCAAGAGACGUACAAGUGCUGCAGCUUAAAUUGUUAAAUUAUUUCAAAGUUUCAUAGUCGCAAAAAAAGACUGAUUCUUAUUUAAAAUGACUCAUAAUCUAUAAAAGUCUAUAAAUUAUGCCAUUAAUUUAAGUUGAUUGUACAAAUUGUACAACUUUCAUUAGAAUUUUUACGUUUCAUAGUUGUUAACAAAGGUAGACUGAAUCUAAUAAGAGAUUAGAUCAAAUAAGAGAUUUAUCUUCGAAUUUAUAUACAUAUUAUCCAACCAGUUGACACCCUCUUGAAAAUAUAUAAGUAUUUUUUUCACUUACAUGUUAUAGGUAAAAAAAAUGUUGUGUUUUUUGGUACGUUUUUUACUCAAAAAAUAUACGUAUUUUUUAUAGGUACUAAUUAUAAUGAAAUUGAGAAUUUUUUAUUUUAGUGAAUAAUUUUUAUUAAUUAUAUGAUACAAUUAUUUUCAUUCAUCAUUCAGCAGUGUAGUAAUAAACAUAUAUUAUUAAAAAAUUUAAAGCAACGAUGUAACUCGCCCGAUAAUAUUAUACAUAAUAUAAAUUUGGUACAGCACAUAUAUACUCAGCAUCAAGAACAUUGAAAUGAAGAUGCACACAAACCUUUGAAAUAUUAUUAGUAUCAAUAACUGUCAGUUCGUUAGAAACAUUUAUUAUUUUCUUGAUAGGAAAAUCAGUUUCUAGUUACUGGCGAUAAAGGAUUGUUUGUAAGUACGUGUUCUUUU